AUUCCGUGUAACACCGGAAGUGGAAGGAAUGUCAUUCUACAGCAGGACAAAUACAAGACUGUCAUGUCUGGUAACGUUACAUUGAUGCGAUCGGGCUAAAGUUGUGUUUUAUGAUAAUUGUAAAUAACAAAGAUGACAGCACUGGCGUGUAGGUUCAUUAAACUUACUGAUGAUUUGCUUAGAGUAGCGCCAAUAACCGUUUGUCGAGCCGGAGCAGCGCUGCAGAGCAGAGCUCCUGUCAUUCAGUGUAUAAGAAAGCAUCGGACGAACACAUGGUGGGAUGAGCACCUCACUGAAGAUAAUGCUUCCUUUCUGAAGAAGGCCAUUACAGAGGAAUAUAAACAACAGAUCACAGACAAACUCAGCCCACUCAAGGAUGAGCCCUGGCCCAGACACGAGUGGGUGGAAGGGAGCCGGAGAGUCGGUCUUGUGGCUGUUAAACUCGGAAUGAUGCCUGUGUGGACCAAAUCUGGAGAGAGACACGUAGUGACCAUGCUGCAGGUGCAGGACUGUCAUGUCGUGAAACAUCUCUCCAGGGAAGAGUAUGAUGGGCGCACAGCGGCUCUGAUUGUGGGUGGAAAAAACGUCUCUCCAUUUCAUAGGCCAGAGGGAUAUUUAGAGGUUUUCAGGAAUGCAGGAGUUCCUCCCAAACAGAAACUCACCACAUUUUGUGUGUCAGACAACGCUAUCAUCAAACCAGGCACUUCUCUCUAUGCAGCUCAUUUUCGUCCAGGACAAUAUGUGGAUGUCACAGCGAAAACAAUUGGCAAAGGUUUUCAGGGAGUGAUGAAGCGCUGGGGGUUCAAAGGUCAGCCAGCUUCCCAUGGACAAACUAAAACACACAGGAGGCCAGGCUCUCUGGGGCCCGGAGGGGACCCAGCAAAAGUUUUUAAAGGAAAAAAGAUGCCAGGCAGGAUGGGAAACAUUUACGACACCACUCAUGGUUUGAAGGUAUGGAGGGUCAACACCAAGUUUAACAUCCUCUACGUCAACGGUUCUGUCCCGGGUCACCGCAACUGUAUUGUUAAGGUCAGGGACUCGAUUCUGCCCACUCGGUUGGAGAACAACAAGAACCCGCCGUUCCCCACAUUCUUUGCUGAUGGAGAUGAAGAGAUCCCUGAAGACCUCUACGAUCAGGACAUGUUCCAGUUCGGGAAGCCCAUGGAUGAAUGAGCUUGUGACCCCACGAUUCUUGCUUGCGCUAGUAAAAGACAUUGGGCUUGACGUGACCCUUGAUCAGGGUCUUUCAUCUAGUGGAUUCAGCAUUGCUGCGCUGAAAGACUUAAGUCAUACUUAAAGUC